GGGAUUGUUGAAUAUGCAUAUUAAUCUUAUACAAAUGUUUACAUCUUAACAACUAGAGAUACCUCACUUUGCGUUUAUUUAUUUGGAAUUAGAUUCUUGAAUUGUUCUUUGUAUUAUAAAGAAAUUGGUCCAAUUGAGCUAUGACUAUGAGCUUAUGUUCCUUUUUAGUUGCAUUGACUUACGUCCAAUUGAGCUAUAAUAACACGUUCGAAGAAUUCAAUCGAAUCAGAAUAAAGCCAGCCAGAGAACAAAUUGAAAAUCAGAUUCAAAUGUAGGCAAGCUAUAUCAGCUUAUUAGCCCUCCUUGGCCACCCACAUACGAAUAGAUUAAUGCUGCAAUUACUGUAAAUUUAAUCUAUAUAUGAAGUCAUCAUAAUUUGUUAUGCGAAUAAUUGAAUCAUCAUCAUAGAAUAAUAAAACGAGGAAGAUGAAUGACCUAUGAUUAUCUACACUAAUAAAAAGACAAAUAUAAGAUGAGUCUCUAGUCAUCCACCUACUUUAUUUUUUUUUCUUUCCUUCCAAAUUGUAUAUGAAGUCUUUUUCUCACUCUUAACUUAGCCACAAAAUUCUUUUAGCCUCAAAAUCUAGAUGCUAGCAGAGAAAUAAGCUGCAACUAAUAUGAGAAGGGGAGAUGGAGAGAGAUCAAAAUAAAGACCAACAAUUAGAAAACCCACCACCAUCUCUCCUCUCACCCAAUCAAAACCCUAACACCUCCUCGCCGAGAAACGUUGCUGCGAGCGAUCGGCUGAAGAGAGACGAGUGGAGCGAAGGCGCGGUGUCGUGCCUGCUCCAAGCGUACGAGGCCAAAUGGACGCUCCGCAACCGAGCCAAGCUCAAGGGCCAGGACUGGGAGGACAUCGCCAAGCACGUCUCGGCGCGCGCCGCCGCCUCCAAAUCCGCCAAGACGCAGACGCAGUGCAAGAACAAGAUCGAAUCCAUGAAGAAGAGGUACCGAUCGGAGUCCGCCGCCGCAGCCGACGCCUCCUCCUGGCCGCUCUAUCCUCGCCUCGAUCUUCUCCUCCGCGGAAAUGGAGUUUCCGCUCCUAACCCUCCCCCUGUUGCGGUGGAGGAGAUUGGAAUCGCCGCGCAAAAUUCACCUAAUUCCAACGGCGGCGAUGCGGUGGCUAAGGAGGAGGAAGGUGAGGGCGCCAACAAUGAAGAGAAGGAGAUUGAUGAGAGCGACAGCAGCACACCAGCAAUUGAUCUGGAGAAGGAGAAGGGGAAGGGGAAGGUGAAGAGGAAGCGAGAGAGGGAGGGGUGCUGGGAGAGCGUACGGUGGUUGGCGGAGGUGGUGGUGCGGUGGGAGCAGUCGCGGAUGGAGACGAUGAGAGAGAUAGAGAGAAUUAGAGCAGAAGCAGAGGCGAAGAGAGGGGAAUUGGAACUUAAACGGACUGAAAUCAUUGCAAAUACUCAGCUGCAAAUCGCUAAGCUUUUUGCUAGAGGAUCAUCAUCCAUCCAAUAAUCGCUCCUCCUUCUUCGUCUUCAAGUUAUAUCUAUGUUUGAUUUUUGUGACAGAACACAAAAAAACUCGUUAUCAAUGAAUAUAAUAAUAGGAUAAUAUGUAUUCGCACGUUUACGAGUAUGUUUUAGUACUAUUUUGCGAUGCGAUUAAUAUGCAGAUUAAUUAGAGUUUGAUGGGAUCAA